AUGAAUCCACUCAUUUGGGCAUCAAUGUCAAAUCAUAUUGAAGUCGUUAAAUAUCUAAUCUCUAAUGGAGUUAAUAUAGAUGCAAGAGACAAAGGUGGAUCUACUGCACUCAUUCAAGCAGCUUUUAAUGAUAAUGUUGGCAUUGUUGAAUGUCUUAUCUCUGCUGGAGCAGAUAAAGAUGUAAGGAAUAUUAAAGGAGAAACUGCUCUAAGUUUAGCCUAUGGUCAAACGAAACAAUAUUUAAGAUCAAUUACUGGUAUUGAUGAUUAUUCAGAUUAUUCAUAUUAG